AUGGAUGAUUGUGAGCUGGAUCUACUCGUUAAGGAGCUCGAAUCCGAUCAAACUGAGCUUUUUAAGUAUAUUGAUAGGGAGGCUGAGAAGAAAACAACAACUUGUCCCGUUGAGGACUAUGAAAAAAUCACUAAAGUUGGCCAGGGCACCUUCGGUGAAGUUUUCAAAGUUCAGCACAAAACCACCAAAGAAAUAUUUGCACUCAAACGUUUGCGUACAGAAAAGGAAACUGAGGGGCUUGAUUCCUUUCAGUUUCCAGUUACUGCACUACGAGAGGUGAUUAUUUUGCAAAUGCUACGGCACGAAAAUAUCGUUCGUCUCCAUGGCAUUUGUCACAGGCGCAGCCUUAAUACUAACGGUUCCAGAUAUGAGUUUUAUUUGCUCUUUGAAUUCUGUGAUCAUGACCUCGCCGGACUUCUUAGCCAAAAAGUCGACAUUAAUUUGUCAGUGAAGAAGGGCAUUGCAAAGCAGUUACUUACUGGGAUCAAAUUUCUUCAUGAUAACAACGUCCUACACCGUGACCUAAAAGCCUCGAACAUAUUGAUUGACCGUAGUGGACAUCUCAAGAUCGCAGAUUUUGGUCUUGCUCGUGUUACUAUUACACCCUGGCGACAGGACAAGCGCCCACAAUACACAGCAAUGGUGGUCACCCUUUGGUAUCGCCCCCCAGAGAUCCUUCUGAUGGAUCGUAACUACGGCAAACCGGUUGACCUCUGGGGUGUAGGCUGCAUAAUCGCUGAGUUGUGGACCCGUUGCCCUUUGAUGCAAGGCGAGAAUGAGCUGAAUCAACUCAAGCUUAUCAUUAACCUCUGCGGCUCUAUCACUCCAGCUGUCUGGCCCGGAGUAGAACACUUGGAAAGCUACAAGAAGACCAAGCUACCCAUGGAUACACGGCGUACCCUACGAGAUCGCCUUGCUUCCAUCCCUAUCCCAUCCGCCGUCGACCUGAUCGAUCGUCUCCUUGUCUGCAAUCCCUCUCGUCGUCUGACUGCUGAGCAGGCUCUGGCUCAUGAAUUCUUUCAGGAAGAUCCGCCGCCAGGGGAUCUGUCCUGCCUUUCUCAGGGCGGAGUCUCUUUCCUUGAAUAUAUCACCAACAAUCGAGCCCGACAGCAGCAGCAUCAACAGCAGUAUCGUGGAGGACAGUACAGGGGCGGUCCGGGUUAUAGGGGCCGCGGGGGCAUACCAGCGGCGGGUGCGGCACAAAAUCAGGUGGAGAGCAUUCCAUACAAAGGCAUUGCAAUCCAACUGGAUGGUCCCUUGGGCUCCCGUGGCUUCUGCCGCUGGAUUGGUCCCAUGGCUGUCUAUUCACACCUUAAGCCUCUCGGCCCCUCCGUUUGCCACCAUUCUUCUAUGUUGUAG